AUGUUCUUUUCUGGAGCUGACUUGAAACCAGCCUUCAGGCUAUCCAGGAGCAGCAUCAACAUGCUGGUCCAGAUGCUGCCCCGGCAAAAAGCCCAUGGAUGGAGCCAUGAAAUGGAGGUGCUGGUCCCGGUGUACUGGCUUGCCUGUGGAGCUUCCUACAGGGUAACUGCAGACAUCUUUGCCAUGCCACUAGCCACCGUUUGCAGGACCGUCCACAACGUCGUGGAGGAAAUGAUGACCAUCCUCCACAGAGUAAUUCAUUUCCCCAAACCAGAGGAGAUGGAGGAGGUGGGGGCUGGCUUUGUUCGCCUUGCUGGCCAUGAGGCAUUCCGCUGUGCUGCCAGUGCCAUCGACGGGUGCCACAUCAGGAUUCUUCCUCCUGCAGAGCCACAGAAGAAAUGCUACAUAAACAGAAAACUUUUCCCCUCAGUGCUACUGCAGGGCAUCUGUGAUGCCAAGGGCGCAUUUCUGGAUGUGUACAUUGGAAAUACGGGAUCUGUACAUGACGCACUCGUACUUAGAAGAUCUCCGAUGUACAAGCAGGCCCUGUAUCCACCAGCUGGGUACAUACUAUUAGGAGAUGGAGGAUACCCGUGCCUGCAGCGUCCUGUUGCCAUCAUGACACCAUACCGCCAGCCUGUAGCAAGCCAAGUUGAAGCCCGGUACAACAGGCACCAUGCAAAGGCAAGGAACAUUAUUGAGCAUCCUGAAAACUGCUGGCGCUGGCGCUCCAUCUUCCUGAGGGCCCUGGAGAUCUGGCCUCUGUUCGCCCCGAAGGUGAUUGGUGCCUGCUGCAUUCUCCACAACAUGUGUGUGGCAGCAGGUGAUAUCCUGGAGGAGGAGGAGGAGGAGGAGGAGGAGGAGGAGGGACCAGAUGACAGCGAGGAUGUUGCAGAAGUCGUUCAGAGGGAGCUGUCGGGGAACGGUGUCCGAGGAAGGCUUGCUGCCCAGCUUUCUGCUCCUGGAGAACUGCCUGCAUGUCUGGGUGAACAUGACUACACCUAG